AUGUCAGACCAAGUAGAUCAACAACAAAACGCACAAGAACCUACAGAACAAGAUGAAUUCAUUGAUAUAAACGAAGUAGGGGAAGAAGUAUAUGAAGAUGAUGAGAAUAAUCAACCACCACCAGAAGAUGAUGAAGAUGAUAUGGAAAUAAAUGAAGAAGAAGGAGAAAACCAUGAAACAUUAGAAAUAGAUAUGUCAAAUAAUUCAUGGACUUAUUUUGAUAAACAUGAAGAUUCAAUUUUUACAAUUUUUUCACAUCCAAAAUUACCAAUGGUUUUUACUGGAGGAGGAGAUAAUUUAGGAUAUUUAUGGACAAUUCAUUCACAACCUCCAAAAUUUGUAGGGACAAUAGAGAAUCAUAAAGAAAGUAUAAUAUCUGGUGGUUUUACUAAUGAUGGGAAAUUUUUAAUAACAGCAGAUAUGAAUGGUUUUUUACAAGUAUUUAAAUCAAAUAAAACAGGAGAAAAAUGGAAUUUAUUUGGUGAAUUAAAUGAAGUUGAUGAAAUUUUAUUUGUUACUAUACAUCCAACAUUACCAUUUUUUGCAUUUGGAGCAAAUGAUGGUUCAAUAUGGGUAUAUCAAAUUGAUGAAAAUAAUAAACUGUUAAUACAAAUAAUGUCGGGAUUUUCACAUACAUUAGAAUGUAAUGGUGCCAUAUUUAUACCUGGAAAAGAUGAAAAUGAUUUAACUUUAAUAAGUAUAAGUGAAGAUGGAACAGUUAUAAAUUGGAAUUGUUUUACAGGACAAACAAAUUAUAAAUUACAACCAAAUGAUGAUUUUAAAGGUGUUGAAAGUCCUUGGGUUACAAUAAAAAAUUAUGGAAAUUUAAUAGCUAUAGGAGGAAGAGAUGGUCAAUUAUCUAUAAUAAAUAAUGAUACAGGUAAAAUAUUAACAUCAAUAAAAACAUUAGAUAAUGUUGAAGAUAUAGCAGAAUUAUCAAUAGAAGCAUUAAGUUGGUGUAAAAAUAAAAAUAUAAAUUUAUUAGCUGUUGGUUUAGUUUCAGGUGAUAUAUUAUUAUUUGAUACUCAACAAUGGAAAAUAAGAAAAAAUUUAAAAGUUGAUGAUGCUAUAACAAAAUUAGAAUUUAUAAAUGAUACUCCAAUACUAGUUGGUUCAUCAAUGGAUGGUAAAAUAUAUAAAUGGGAUUCAAGAACUGGUGAAUUAUUAUUUACUGGAGUUGGUCAUAAUAUGGGAAUAUUAGAUUUUACAAUAACUGAAAAUGGUAAAAAAUUAAUAACAGCAGGUGAUGAAGGAGUUUCAUUAGUAUUUGUAGAUUAA